GGUUUCUGCCACAGUUCACUAGGAACAAUGACCGCAAUUUGUUGACUGUCAUGAUGUUGCAGAAUUUUGUAGUGGCCAUGCAGGUUUUGGAGGUGGUUAGAGGAAUGCAGACAGGCCUGGUGAUAGCAGAGAUACACUGGGAUUGGGGACUGGGACUAUUGUCGCUUCACUUCUAAGGUGUCAGAAUACACCUGAUUAUUUCAGAUCGACAAAAGAAAGACGCUCCUGAACUGACGGUGAGUUUAACCUUCAUGUCUUACUUUCUCUGUGGUAGCCUUGACCUGCGGUGAAAGUCUACCUGCUCAUUAAAACCUCAUUCUCUCUGUCCUACCUAAUCUCUCCACCCAGUCAUUCUCAACCCUUCCUUAGGUCUCCUCCCUCAUGGUUCAGCCGUAUAUAUUGGUGACACCUCUGGGAUUUCACUUCUUCACUGGGUCAUUUAAAAAGUGUUGUGACAGAGUGAUAUGCUGGAAUAUGAGCUAAAGUUGAGGAGCAGAGAGUUUUCUUUUUAAGGGUAAGACUAAAAAGAUCCUCUGUUUUUAUUUUAGGUGUUUUAUUUUGAAGACUGAAUAAAUAUGAUUCAAACUAAUCCAUGUUUGCGACUUAUCAGAGAUCUAUGUCUCCUCCGGCUACACCACAUGGGAUUGUUACUCUUUUCUCCUUCGAUGCAGAUCUUACCUCCCCUCCUGUGCUCCUUGCAUUCGGACAACAGGUGUCCAUGUCUCCAUCUCUGGCCAGAUCUGCUCCCAGCGAGCUCAACCAUUGGUGGAGCCAGCUGAGGUUUCGCCUACAGAACAAAAAAGGAUGGAACGAGAUGUUGGAUGAGACAUUUCUUCUCUACAGCAAAUAGUAAGACACUCAUAAAAAUACUCUUUUUUUGCUUCACUCUGUACUAAAUCAAAUUAUAUUUAGCCGAUACUGUGCUGUUGUAAAAGUAGUAUAUGUUUUUGUUUUUUUCCCCCCACAGUAUAAAUGACAUUCCUCUCUUCUACGCGGCUAAAAAGAACAGUGUCGGCUGCAUCAAGAAACUUCUCAGUUGUGCAUCCACGAACAUCUUUGAGAGAGGUGAGGCCACGCUGUAAUAACAACCUUCACGCUGUAGUGAUUGAAAGGUCUUCUGCAGUAUGGGUUGUAAUCUAUGUGUUAUUAAUCCUUCCCUGUAGGAGCGCUGGGUGAGACGGCGCUUCAUGUUGCGGUGAUGAACGAUAACCUGGACGCAGCGGAGGCUCUGAUUGACGGGGCUCCUGAACUCAUCAACGAACCCAUGACCUCUGAGCUCUUCCAAGGUUGACAUUUAUACAGCCACAUAAACAAGCACAAGCAGACAUCACAGAGUUUAUGUUUUUUUCUAUAUGUUAGGGGAUAAAAUGUUUAAAAUCAUGAAUGUAAAUAAGAAGAUGUAGAACAUUUAAAAGAAAGAGAUGAUAAAAGAUGUUUUAAGUAGGUUUAAAAGUUUAAAAAAUCUUCUCUCAUGGUCUCCUGGUGUCUUAGGAUAUGGUUAAUUAUCUUCUUUCAGAACAGAAUUUGAAUAUUUUCAUCCAUUUUAUGAUAAUUUUUUUAAGUUAAGCAGGUAAAACUGCUCAAAUAAGUCCAUUUUAACUGACAGAUAACUAAUAUACCCUGCUUUCCUUGUCUUUCUCAGGUGUUACUCCUCUCCACAUCGCUGUGGUGAAUCAGAACAUCAACCUGGUUCAUCUUCUGAUCAGUCGUGGGGGUGAUGUGACCACACCUCGAGUCACAGGUCUGUACUUCAGGAAGAGGAUAGGAGGACUCAUAUAUUACGGUGAGUCAGCCCACUUACCGUGAAAUACAGGGGGUUUCUGAUGCCAUGAUUGUUCCUAAUGAAUGUGUAUGAAGGAAAAGAGGUUAUUCUUGUUUUUUAUGGUGAAUGACACAAACCGCUGGUGAUUUUUAAAGUAAACAUUUGGUCAAACAGGGGAGCACAUCCUGUCUUUUGCUGCAUGCGCUGGGAACGAGGACAUUAUAAACAUGGUAAUCGAGGCAGGAGCCAGCACCAGAGUCCAGGAUUACCGUGGUAGGAAUGACUUCCCAUCCAUAUUUUUACAGUUGCAUCAGUCUGUUAUUAAAUCCACCAAUUCCUGUUCAGUUUUACCCUCUUGUACCUACCAUCUCAUGUCUCUACUCCCUUUUCUUCCCCUUAUUUUCCGUCUAGGUAACACAGUGCUUCACAUAUUGGUUGUGCAGCCCAACAAGACCAUUGCAUGUCAGGCCAUUGACCUAAUCAUGACACGAGAUGCAGAGCUGGACCAGUCAGUGCCGCUCGACAUGGUGCCAAACUUCAGAGGACUCACUCCUUUCAAGCUGGCUGCCAAAGAGGGAAACAUUGUGGUGAGUUCAGCCCGGUGGGGUUCACCGAGCGGAAAAUGCAGCAUGGAAGGUGGAGCGGAUUGUUGCUGUAAUCAUGUCCUAUAUGUGUGUUUCAGGCGUUUCAGCACCUGGUUAAUAAAAGAAAAGUGGUUCAGUGGAGCCUGGGCCCUUUGACUUCUAACCUGUAUGACCUGACAGAGAUCGACUCGUGGGCUGAUGACAUGUCCGUGUUGGAGCUCAUCGUAGGCAGUCACCAGAGAGAGGUAACAACACAAGGCAAAAUCUGGUGGAAUUUAAGAGAGAAAUACAGACAUAGAGGAGAGAUUUAUGUUUUAUUUUUCUUCAGGCAAGAGGGAUCCUGGAAGUGACCCCUGUGAGGCAGCUGGUUAGUCUAAAAUGGAACCUGUACGGGAAACAUUACUUCAGGUAUAAAAGAUGUCAGUGAUUAAAGUAAAACAUCUGAGCUCUGAGCACAUCCAGUCUUAUUUACGUGUGUUUUCUUCUCUCUUUUUCCUGCUCCAGGCUGCUAAUGUUACUAUAUAUCCUGUACAUUGGGACCUUCACUCUGUGUUGUGCAUAUCGCCCUCUAAAGGACGCUCCAGAGAACUACACCAAGUCAGACAUGGAUAAAACUAUCAGAGUACAGAAAACACUAAAUGUAAGUUCUGAACGCUUUAUUAUGAUAUUCAUGAUGUGUUGUUUUAUAAAUUAUUGAAGUACAGCAGUAGUUUGAUUUUUUUUCGUAGUAUCUAAAUAAAAAUGUGUGUUUGUAGUAUAGAUGCAGCAGGAGGUUAAGGCUUGAUCAAAUCUUUCUUCUUUAUUCAAAUCAUAAUAAGUCGAUCAGAGACUUUUGGCUUAAGUUAUUUAAAGACACCCUGUUUAUGGUAGUUUGGUUCUAACAUAAGCUCAAUUUUAUUCAUACAAAUCUUGGCUCUUUAUUUACCUCAUCGUCGCACACCUGCAUAUCACCCUGUACACUAUUAUUAUAUGUUAAUAAUAUGAGUUUAAUAUCAAAAACCUUCUAUUUUCUCUGUCUGUGCCUCAGGAAAGUUAUCUAACAUAUGAAGACAACCUGCGGUUGGUGGGUGAGAUCAUCAGUGUCCUGGGCGCUUUAGUCAUCCUGCUGCUAGAGGUGAAUUUAUGAACCAUGGCCCUUCUUCUUUGCUGGGUUAUUCAAUAUAUUUUGUAGACAUCCUUUAAUGAACCUCCUCUGCCAACAGAUCCCUGAUAUACUGAGAGUGGGGGCAAGGCGCUACUUUGGUCAGACAGCACUGGGGGGCCCAUUUCAUGUUAUCCUGUGAGUUGAAAACUUUGACUGUAUGAUAAAAGCACUCCUGAGCAAGAGAAAAGAUGAUUUAGUGAUUAAUCGAGUUUUUACCUGUCUGCUCUUUCCUCCAGAAUCAGCUACGCCUGCUUGGUGGUGCUGCUGUUAGUGUUCAGGGCCUGUGGGGUGCAGGGAGAGGCCGUGGUGAUGGCGGUGUGUUUGGUCCUUGGCUGGUGUAACGUCAUGUUCUUCGCCCGUGGUUUUGAAAUGCUCGGCCCUUACGUCAUCAUGAUACAAAAGGUAGGACUCAGGUCGGACAAGGCGGUGGUGACAAAUCCCUCCGAAAGACAGUCUUACAGUUGAACUAAUGAUUUUGGGAUUCGUUGAAAUCCGCAGCCAACGUAGGAGCUGGUUACAGGACACAGGAGAGUUUUUAAAAAUGGUUUCGAGCAUCUAUCUAUCUAUCUAUCUAUCUAUCUAUCUAUCUAUCUAUCUAUCUAUCUAUCUAUCUAUCUAUCUAUCUAUCUAUCUAUCUAUCUAUCUAUCUAUCUAUCUAUCUAUCUAUCUAUCUAUCUAUCGUUAUAAUAAUCAAUAAUCAAUCAUAUUGUUAAGAUACUGACCUUGAAACUCCUCCCUAAAGGGGCAAUAACAUGAGACAUCGAGACAUUUCACUCUUUUACCCAGUGUGCCACUUCUCUUUAAACAUACACUUGCUUGCUCCAGUAUGAAUUGUUUCUUCAGUGUUUCAAAAUAAGAGCAAAUCUAUAAGCAAGUAAUCAACACAGCCCUGUAAUAAAUGUUGGAUAUCUGACCAAUCAUUUGCAAAUCAAUUAAUGAGAAACUGAAGAUUGAGUCAGGAGAUAAAUUGAAAAGGAAAUGGGACUAUAUUCAAAAGUGAGAGGACAUGGUUUGACACCCCAACAGCUCAUGUGUGUAUUCAGAUAACAUUAGUAGAGCCUUUGUUAUUUGAGGAUGCAGUAGAGAGGUUGAAUGCACACAUUGAUGUUGUCCAAUAGGGGUCAAACUAGCUUCAAGCAGUGAUAUUAAAAUGUUUGGUAUUACCAUAUUUUGAACAGUUUAUAUAAUUGGAAACAUUAGUGCAACACUUGACCUGAUUUUAGUUUCACACAGUGAGUUACACAUCCAUCAGUAUCUCUCUGUGAAUGUGAUGAAUGGAGUCUCAUGUAUUCUGUUGAAAUUGUAUCUUGUUCUACACCUGUACUGAAACGUUUUGGAAGCAGAUGUACUCAGUUGUUUUGGUUUAGAAGUACAACUAUUUGUGUUUUGACCACACUCGCUGUGUGUCUCAUUUCCCCCUAGAUUAUAUUUGGAGACCUGACAAAGUUCAUGUGGCUGAGUUUCAUUGUCCUCAUUGGUUUUUCCACCUGUAAGUAUAUUCUGGGUAACAUGUACAAACAAGUCUGUAACCAUCACACAGUCUGUAAGGUGAUGUUUUAAACUUUUCCUCUUUUUUCCCCCCAUUAUUAUACACUUAAAUCUCUCAUUGCAGCUCUGUGGAUGGUGUACAUGACACAGGAGCCUGAGUCCAUUCCUGCAUAUCGCUCCUUCCCAGUCACCCUCUUCUCCCAGUUUGAGCUCAGUGUGGGUCUCAUAGAUCUGCCAGUAGACCACACUAUUGCCACCCCGCCGAUCGUCCAUGUACUACACUGUGCCUUCUCUGUGGUCUCCUACAUUCUGCUGCUGAAUCUGCUGAUAGCCAUGAUGAGUGACACACACUGGAGGGUGGCCCAGGAGAGAGAUGAGCUCUGGAGGACUCAGGUAAAAAGAAACUCCGCAGAAUGUCCUCAUUAUCUUGUCCCUGUGUAGUGCGAUGUCAUGGUUACGCCUGUUAUGAUGUUUUUCAGGUGGUAGCCACAACUUUAAUGCUGGAGAGAAGGCUGCCUCGCUGUCUGUGGCCUCGGCUCGGGGUGUGUGGGCUCAAUUAUGGUCUGAGAGAGCGUUGGUAUCUCAGGUAGGAAAUAACUGCAGCAUCAUGAAACAUGAAAGAAAUAAUAUUAAAUCUCUAAAUAGAUAUAUCUGAUUGAUUGUAUUAUUUUAGAUCUGCUUCAUGGUUCUAAAAGGGGCAUCCAUUCUUAGAAGAACUUAAUAUUUUUAUUUCAGUUUGUUAAAAUUCAGUCGGAGAAAAAUAUUAUGGCUUUUGUAGUGGUAGGUAAACUUUGUUGAGUCCCUACAAGUGCACUAGAAAUUUGUAUCAGACUGCAUCUUGACUUUCUAGUUAUAUAAUAUUAUAUAAUGAAGGUAGUGAAGGGCACAUCACAUCAGGAGAUGUUUCAUUAUGGUAAAUGCCAGACUUUCUUAAAGUUGAUCCAACUUUGUAAGCAGCAGCAAUGAUACAUCAGCUUCUUCUGUUUCAAUUUUUUAAAAUUUGCCUCUUUUGAAACCUUUUUUUUUAUAUGUAAUUUGGGAUCCUUUGUCAUCUGUCGUCCUUGCAGGGUUGAGGACAGAAAUGAUCCAAUGUUCCAAAAAAUGCGCCGGUACAUCAAAGCUUUCUCCAAAGAAGAUGAAAAGGAUGAAAAGACUGAUGCAACAAAGGGGUCAAUGUCAGGAACCCCCAAGCUGCGGCUCAAAAAUAGAGGUUAUAACAAGAGGAGGUCUCUUACAGGGUGGCAGAUGAUCCGCCACAGUGCUCUUGGUCUGGAGAUGGAGAUGGAGGAGACAGAGGAGGACCAGGACAUUAAAUAUGUCUGAGAAAAGACUCUGUCUUCACAUUGAGUGAUGAUGAAGUGUAAAAAAAACCCUGCAAUACUAGGACUGUAAUGGUUUUAUUUAUCUGUAUAGAUAAUGGUGCAAUUAUUCCUGCAGUAUUAUGCUAUAAA